AUGGAGCACAUCAUGAGUUCGCCUCCCCAUGAAAUCCCACUGCCACCGCCAGGCCAAGACGAGACCGGAGGCAUCGAAGAAUCUCCCCAUCCGAAUGGGUUCCAUCAUCAGCAAAGCACAUCCCUCGAUCAAGGGCUAGCUCAAAGUCCACGACAAGAAGACCCGUCCACCAGAUAUACUCCUCCCGUCCAAACCGCACCGCCUAUUUCCCGCCCAGCUAGUGGCUUGUCCAACCCCGCACACCAAGCCUACAAUGACUAUCGACAGAGUUCCGGUGAGCCAUCAUCCAAUGGUCGAAACCAUGUUGUCAUCAAGGUCGGAAUGGUUGGCGAUGCGCAGAUCGGAAAGACCUCGCUGAUGGUCAAGUACGUCGAGGGAAGCUGGGAUGAGGAUUAUAUCCAGACGCUAGGUGUCAAUUUCAUGGAAAAGACAAUCUCCAUCCGUAAUACGGAAAUCACCUUUUCGAUUUGGGAUCUCGGUGGUCAACGAGAGUUUGUCAACAUGCUGCCUCUUGUGUGCAACGACGCAGUCGCCAUUCUCUUCAUGUUCGAUCUCACCCGCAAGAGCACAUUGAAUAGCAUCAAGGAGUGGUAUCGACAGGGGCGCGGGUUCAACAAGACGGCGAUCCCAAUUCUCGUCGGUACAAAGUACGACCACUUUGUCAACUUUCCUCCCCAAGAUCAAGAAGAAAUCUCAAAUCAGGUACGAGCGUAG